AUGAUUCAUGUCGACCCAUCGCUAAUUGUUAAGGCUGCUGAAAAGGAGGCAAUACGCCUGAUGGCCAAGAUUGCUCGUCUUCAUAAACAGCAUAAGGAUUGGAAGGAGAAAGCAGCACAAGCUAUUUCCCAUGGUAUCAAUGAUUUAGAGGAAUUGGAGCGUAUUAAGCGCAAGGAAAGGGAGGCUGCGGAGGCCGCUCGUCAGACUACCCUAGCAGCGCCUAAUUCCGCCGGCCCGUCCCAGUCCGUCAACGUCGUUAAUUAG